UUUCUUUAAUUUUUCUUUGCAGUUUAUAACAAAUGGCCACCAUUGAUGGACGACCCGCACAAUAUGGGAUAUCACUCAGGCAAUUGCGCGACCUCAUGGAACAUCGGGGUCGCGAAGGUGUACACAUGGUAGAUCAGUUGGGCGGUGUCAACGAAAUCUGUAAAAAAUUAUACACUUCCCCCACAGAUGGUUUAAGUGGAUCGAAAUCCGACAUCGAACAUAGACGAGAAAAUUUUGGCUCGAAUAGUAUACCACCGAAACCUCCGAAAACAUUUUUAACUCUAGUCUGGGAAGCAUUGCAAGAUGUGACCCUUAUUAUUUUAGAAGUAGCUGCGAUAGUCUCCUUGAUUCUAUCGUUUUAUAAGCCCGCCGAUGAUGAUGCUCCUGUUUUGGAAGAAGAAGAUGACCAUUAUGGCUGGAUUGAAGGCCUGGCCAUUUUAAUAUCCGUCGUUGUGGUCGUCCUCGUGACAGCCUUCAAUGACUACUCCAAAGAACGACAAUUUCGUGGCCUACAAAAUCGCAUAGAGGGUGAACACAAAUUCUCCGUCAUUCGUGGCGGUGAGGUGUGUCAGAUCUCGGUGACAGAUAUUGUGGUUGGUGAUAUUGCCCAAGUGAAAUAUGGUGAUCUGUUGCCGGCCGAUGGUAUUCUCAUACAGAGUAAUGACCUGAAGGUGGAUGAAUCGUCGUUGACCGGCGAAUCCGAUCACGUCAAGAAAGGCGUUGAAUUCGAUCCCAUGGUAUUAUCCGGCACCCAUGUCAUGGAGGGUAGCGGCAAAAUGGUUGUCACCGCUGUCGGUGUCAAUUCCCAGUCGGGUAUUAUUUUGACACUGUUGGGCGCCACCGAUGAAGAGUCUCAAGGCAAAAAGAAGAAAUUGAAAAAAGUUGUUGAAGAAGUAGAAGAUGAUGUGGAGAAACAAGUUCCACCAGCCAACAAAAGUAUUCCUCACAUUUCAGAUGGUCUCAAGUCUGAAACAGAAGGUAAUCAUGUCCAGAGUACCACCGGUUCUGCACCCGAGUCCGAGGGUAAGAAGGAAAAAUCUGUUCUACAAUCGAAAUUGACAAAGUUGGCCAUACAAAUUGGUUAUGCUGGUUCCACAAUUGCCGUCCUGACGGUCAUCAUUUUGGUCAUUCAGUUUUGUGUCAAGACCUUUGUCAUCGAGGAGAAGCAGUGGAAGAACACCUAUGCCAAUCAUUUUGUCAAGCAUCUGAUUAUUGGUGUGACCGUUUUGGUGGUGGCUGUACCGGAGGGUUUGCCAUUGGCUGUUACCCUGUCGUUGGCCUAUUCGGUUAAGAAAAUGAUGAAAGACAACAAUUUGGUCCGUCACUUGGAUGCCUGCGAGACCAUGGGUAAUGCCACUGCCAUUUGUUCCGAUAAGACUGGUACCCUGACAACAAAUCGCAUGACCGUUGUUCAAUCGUAUAUUUGCGAAAAGUUAUGCAAAGUCCUGCCGAAAUACAACGACAUACCACAGAAUGUGGCCAAUUUGAUAACCCAGGGUAUUUCGGUUAAUUCCGCCUAUACGUCCAAUAUUAUGCCCGGUCCCACACCCGAAGAUUUACCCACCCAGGUGGGCAACAAAACCGAAUGUGCCCUAUUGGGCUUUGUCCAGGGUCUGGGUGUUAAAUAUCAGUCCAUACGUGAUGAAAUCACUGAAGAUAAAUUCACUCGGGUCUAUACCUUCAAUUCGGUGCGCAAGAGCAUGGGUACUGUGAUUCCUAGAAGCAAUGGUGGUUAUCGUCUAUUUAGUAAAGGUGCUUCCGAAAUUAUGCUCACUAAAUGUACCUACAUUUUCGGUCACAAUGGUGUCUUGGAACGUUUCACUCCCGACAUGCAAGAACGUUUGAUCCGCGAGGUAAUCGAACCCAUGGCCUGUGAUGGUCUGCGCACAAUUUGCAUUGCCUAUCGUGAUUUCGUCCCCGGUAAAGCUGCCAUGAACGAAGUAUCAAUUGAUCGUGAACCCAAUUGGGAUGAUGAAGCUGGUAUUAUGUCCAAUUUGACCUGCCUCUGUGUGGUGGGUAUUGAAGAUCCUGUCCGUCCAGAGGUACCAGAGGCUAUCCGCAAAUGUCAACGUGCCGGUAUUACCGUGCGCAUGGUUACCGGUGAUAAUAUUAAUACGGCUCGCUCCAUUGCCACGAAAUGUGGUAUUUUGAAACCGGGCGAUGAUUUCUUGAUAUUGGAGGGUAAAGAAUUUAAUCGUCGUAUUCGUGAUAAUAAUGGCAAUAUCCAACAACAUUUAAUUGACAAGGUGUGGCCGAAAUUACGUGUCCUGGCUCGUUCUUCCCCAACGGAUAAAUAUAAUUUGGUAAAAGGUAUUAUUGACAGUACUGUAAGUGACAAUCGUGAAGUUGUAGCCGUCACUGGUGACGGUACAAAUGAUGGUCCUGCUUUGAAAAAGGCUGAUGUUGGUUUUGCCAUGGGUAUUGCUGGUACCGAUGUUGCUAAAGAGGCUUCCGAUAUCAUUUUAACCGAUGAUAACUUUAGCAGUAUUGUUAAGGCUGUUAUGUGGGGUCGUAACGUUUACGAUUCGAUAUCGAAAUUUUUGCAAUUCCAAUUGACCGUAAAUGUGGUGGCUGUUAUUGUGGCGUUCAUUGGUGCCUGUGCUGUGCAAGAUUCGCCAUUGAAAGCUGUUCAAAUGUUGUGGGUCAACUUGAUUAUGGAUACCCUGGCCUCUUUGGCCUUGGCCACGGAAAUGCCCACACCCGACUUGUUGCUGCGUAAACCCUAUGGCCGUACGAAACCGCUGAUUUCUGCCACCAUGUUAAAGAAUAUUUUGGGUCAGGCGUUCUAUCAAUUGGUGAUUAUUUUCGGUCUAUUGUUUGUGGGUGAUUGGAUUUUGGAUAUUGAAUCGGGCCGCGGCCAACCCUUAUCAGCCGGUCCCACUCAACAUUUCACAAUUAUUUUCAACACUUUUGUCAUGAUGACAUUGUUCAAUGAAAUCAAUGCACGCAAAAUCCAUGGACAGCGUAAUGUCCUGGAGGGAUUCUUUACAAAUCCCAUAUUCUACAGCAUUUGGAUCGCCACUGUUGUAUCACAGGUCAUAAUUGUCCAAUACGGCAAAAUGGCCUUCUCCACAAAAGCUCUCUCGCUCGAUCAAUGGUUGUGGUGUAUAUUCUUUGGUCUGGGCACCCUAGUGUGGGGACAACUCAUCACAUCACUGCCUACCAAGAGAUUCGAAAAGAUGGUAUCAUCAUCGACGUCGUGAACAUCUGCGACCCCCUCAAACUCACGCACAAACCAACAAUC